CGUUGUCCUGCGCCGGCACAAGGCGAAUGCCGGUCAUUUCUGGGGGAACAUGGCUAUUUCUGCUCUGUAUCGCCAUUAGAGCUACUCUCUCACUAUUGACGUGCACGUUAUUCCAACCGGAUGAGUACUUUCAGUCACUGGAGCCCGCACAUCAGGCGGUAUACGGCUUUGGCGCUCUGACUUGGGAGUGGACUAUCCGACCGCCGCUGAGGAGUUUCGUCUAUCCAGCUCUAUUUGUGCCGGUCUACUGGCUCCUAAGGAUAACAAGUCUUGAUAACACUUUCCUUCUCAUCGUUCUACCUAAGCUGGUUCAAGGCUGUAUUGCCGCAUUUGCGGAUUACUAUACUUACAAACUUGCGGUCCGACUCUAUGGGCCCCAGUAUGGGAAUGCAGCGCUGUUUCUUUCCCUCACUUCAGUGUUUAACCUGCUCUCUCUGACUCGAACAUUGUCCAAUUCGACCGAAACGAGUCUAGCUGCCGCCGGUCUCUUUUACUGGCCGGCACUGGCCGCGGAAGAUUGCCUACAUCAUGACGUCAGGGCCCGGUUCCGUAUCGCUCUUUGCCUGGCCGGACUCUCCGUCGCGAUACGGCCCACUUCAAGCAUCAUGUGGUUGUGGAUGUUCUCACUUAUCUGUUACGACACUAUACGUAUCAGACGGCCCAUAUUUCCCCUCUUGACGGACACCGUCGUAAUUGGUUCUAUAACCUUGCUUCUGCUGGUCGGCAUUGACUCAGCCUACUAUCGCCAACUAACUUUUACACCCGUAACUUUCCUGGUGCAUAACUUCUUCUCUGCUAAUCCGAUAUCCCUCUUCUACGGUCAGAACACUUGGCACUUUUAUGUCACCCAAGCACUUCCCCUUCUGCUGAACACUGCCACACCGUUCGCCAUUCACACCACAUGGAUCAUUCUCUUUCGCAACGGCGACAGCGCAUCCCGAAGACUUUGCGGUCUUGUCGGCUGGACGAUGUUUAUGUACAGCUUGGCCGGACACAAGGAAUGGAGAUUCCUGCACCCAUUGCUGCCAGAAUUACUACUUCUGGUUUCGAAAUCCGUGGUCGAUCUGAACACCAGAAUGGUGCAGAAGAAAGUCGGCCAUGGGACGCCGGAAAUACCGAAGAAUACACUGCACAUCUCAACACGACAUAUUACUUUCCUUCUGUUAACUCUUCCUCUGGGGGUGUACUUACUCCGUUGGCAUGGACGCGCGCAGAUUAGCGUCAUGUUCUACCUUCGGUCUCUCGAUCUGGCCAACCUCCGCAGUGUUGGCUUCCUGAUGCCCUGCCAUUCGACCCCUUGGCAGUCAUAUCUGCAUCGGGAACAACUUGAGGGAAACAUGUGGGCACUAGGGUGCGAACCUCCAAUCGGAUUAUCACCAGGCGAACUCGCCUCCUAUCAAGACCAAGCGGAUGUCUUUUACGAUGCACCAGUGGUAUACCUUUCUGAGCGAUUCCCUAUGAUGGUAGAUCCAACAUUUCCACCAUCACCAAUGCCCACGUCACCGCCUGGUAUGCCAUGGAUUCAGAACUGGACCCACACGUGGCCAUCUCAUUUGGUAGCAUUUGGUGCCCUGAUUGAAGACCCCAAUGUGCGAAAUACAUUGGCGGAAAAAGGAUAUCGAGAGGCGUGGGUAACGACAAACGGCUGGGAAGAGGAUCCCCGCCGACGUGGUGGUGUGAAGGUAUGGCAGUGGAUGCCGACUUAGGUGAUUAUAGAUCGAAGUGCUUGAUUGUUUGCAAUCGCUCUGUUCCAUGCGGACCGACUGGUUAUAUCGGAACGUUUUGUCACGCAACUGCAACUGAAUGGUUGAAAACGCGAAGUCUUUACGUGGCAACGUCUCUUGGAGCUGCUCUGCUUCACAUGGGGUAUCUGGAUUUCAAUUUGGAAAUGCGCCUUCCAAAGUUCCACGGUGGUUUGUGCUGUUAUGGUCGACAUCAUUUCCCAGCGUCUGAGUCGCUGGCGGAUUUCAUGCUGUGCACGGCUUCUGGAAGUGAUCCCUGCUUCGCAUCCCGCGGGGACUCUGUUUGACUUUCGACAACUCUCUGUUCCUGAUAGGUUCACCAUCCGUCAAUAAAUUAAGUCACCCCGGAUUCUCCGGUGAUGAGUCAUGGGGAGGGACGGGGACGCGAUCUCACUGCAUUGCCAUCCAUCGGGCGAACCGCAGCUAAUGGAUUUACGGAAUAAUUCCGCGCCAUCCUCGCUACGAAUCUCGGCCUCUCUCAUCCUUCCGGAGUUUUCCUUGCGCUUCUUGUUUUUCCUCCCCCUCUUCUACUCAGAACAACGCGGGGAUUGGCUUGAACGGAGAAUCCGCUGACUGGGUCGUCUGAUACUAUACAACGCCGCUGUACCUUGCAAGCGAACCGUACGUGCUGUGUUGACCGGCAAAGCGUUGAAGUAGACUUUCAAAUGUUGUUCAAGCGUGGUUCUUCCGCGAUAACGCAAGAACCGCAGACGAAUCCGCCUUAUUCUUCGCAUCCUGAUUAGCCCAGCAGGAGUCUAAGACCCUUGGCGUAUCGACUGGGACCGUCAUCUUUUUCGGUACUAGCGGGGAUUCCACAUGGCAACCUCGGUCAUGAACCACAAAAAGGGUAAUUGCCGCCCAUUAUCAUCAAGUCAGCCAAACCCUCGAGCGCCUCCAGACCCUUUUGCAAUCUCACUGUGGGUCGACAAUGGCUUG